AUGGAAUUUCAUGUGCUAAAUUUCUCCAUUUUACCUGUAAUAGGUACUGUACACAAAAAUGCUUUAAAGAAGGGAAAAAAUAAUUCUAGACUAGAAAACCAAGAAUACCUUAAUAUUCCUUCAUCAUUCUUGGCUUUUUUUGCCGGACUAGUUGAUGGAGAUGGGUAUAUACAAAUAACCAAUACAACUAAAGGAUUUAUAACUAUGAAACUUGUUAUAUCAUUACACUUAGAAGAUCUUUCUACUCUGGAAUACAUAAAUUCAGUACUAAAAGUAGGAAAAUUAAAUAUUUAUCGUGAUAAUAGAAGUCCUACUUGUUCAUUUUUUGUGAAAGCAAAUAAUGACGGUUGUUUUCAGUUAAAACAAAGAAUACAUAAGAAUUUAUUUGAAGCUUUUAAACUAGUGUUUGAUACAAAUAGAAAAAUAGAAACAGAAAAAGGACUUUAUAACCAAUUUGGUGUUAGUUCUAAGUCUGAUAUACAAAAAGUUAUAAAUUUCUUUUCAUUCUCUGGUCUACAUCCUUUAGUUGGAUUGAAAGGAAUUCAAUAUAUUAAAUGA